CUGUCCUGUCGCCUCCCCUCCCCUCCCCUCCCCUCCCCUCGCCCCAAACCCAAACCCCUACCUUUGCUCCGCUCCGCUCCUCCGCACCGCCCACCAGCGAGGCAGAGAAGGGGGUAGCGGAGCCCCUACAGCGCGCGCGGGCGGGCGGUGGCUGCGCCGCCAGCGGCCAUGGAUGGGCCGCGGAGGGAGCGGAGGCACCACCGGAAGGCGCCGGCGGCCUCCUACGGGGACGUCUUCGGCGGGCCGCCGCGCUUCGCCGCCGCGCCGUUCGGGGCCGCCGCCGUGGUCGGCCCCCCGCUCGACUACGCCGAGGUGUUCGGGGGCGCCGCCGCCGCCUGCUCCAUCCCCUACCUCGACCUGCCGCCCGUUGCCGCCGUCCCCUCCGGCGGUGCCGCCGCGGCGGGCGACUACCGCGAGAUCUUCGGCCGCUUCGCCUUCGCGGACUUCGCCGCGCCCUACGAGGACCUCUUCGGCGACGCGCCCGCUCCGGCGGUGCCGGCACCUGAGCAGCCGCAGGAGGAGGAGAUCGCCUCGUCCAGCGGCGGGAGCUCCUACAGAUCAUUGGUAAACAAUGAAUCUAGGCUGGAUGCUGAGCAAUCUACACUUCAUCAACACUUUAAAGAGCAUGAGUCUUCUCCAAUCCCCUCACUUCCGGAUAGUCGGGAAUUCGUCAUGUCAUAUUACAAGACUGCCCAAGCGAAACCGGAUGAUCUAGUUGAGAUGACUACUUGCACAGUUCACCCUUCAGUUGAUUAUGUGGUUGGUUCUUCCAAUUUUUCACCUGCCCCGACAACUAAUCAUGUUUCAAAAAGGGAUAAUGGUAUAAUGGCUAAUGGAGACAGAGGAAAGAAGUCUCCAUCAACCUCUGUAACUGCCAAUGUGAGAAGUCCUGAGAGUGACUUCACUUUUGAUCAGAAGCAGCAGAUGCCAGAAUGUCCACCUCUUUCCGAAAAUGUUUCUGCAACUGAUAGUAAACAGAAAUCCGAUAGUCAUGCAGCACUCAGUAACGGAAAACCUUUUGCAGAUUAUGCAUUUAUGAGGGUAUCUACUGCUAAUGUGCAAACACAACCAAAAGUACCACUACCACCCUCGGGACAGCAACCUAAAGUGCUCAACAAGAAAGAAAGUGCAGCAAAAGGAGAUGUCCAUUUUGCAAAUCACAGCGGCGCUCCAACUUCUGUUCAUAUCCCUGCAAGUACGAAGCUUGCUCGGGCCGAGAAAAGAGCUGAUGCUGCUUUGUCUAACACUGAGGCCAAUCCCAGUUCUGCUGCAGCCGCUAUGAAGGAGGCAAUGGAAUAUGCUGAGGCUAGGCUAAGAGCUGCAAAGGAACUGAUGGAGAGAAAAGGUGACAGUUUUAAAAUUCGGAAGAAGGCAAGUCAUCAUAGAAGCACAAGAUCUGUAGAAAUCAAGGCUCCUGUAGAAGUAUAUGCAUUUGAAGAAAAUCUGUCAGUGAAAAAGCCAGCUAACGAAAAUAAUGACUCGGAGAAUUUUGCGUUUGACAAGCACCAACAAAUUAAUGCAGUCGGAUCAAAUCAUCACGAUGAUAGUGGAAAAAUGGUACUGCCAUUGAAGAAGCCUCAGCAGAUGAUGCGAACUCACACUAUGCCCUGUCAAACCUCCAGUAAUAUAGAGAAAUUAGGUAACUGGAGAUCAGGUGAUGAAUAUUUUGAGCUCACUGGAGAUUAUCAGAAAUGUCAGACUGGUACAGUCAGAGGGAAGGAAGAUAACUGUGGGAGAUCAAAGCCUGUCACUGAACCCGGCGAGGGCGAAAAGGGUAAAACUAAAGUUACCACGCAAGGCUCUGACCUGGAAAGAUACGAAAAACUGUGGGAUGUUAGUGAUGCCAGUGAUUCGGGAGUGAAAGAGGAAAAUCAGAAAGAAGCCAGGGCAGUUCCAAUGGAGAAAGGGGAGGAUAGGGCGUCUACAGUUCUGGAAACUUCUAUAGACAAUGUGGCAAAUAAAGGUGUUGAUAACACUCAGUUGGAGGAGCUUCUGAUUGUUGAAAAUUCUAAAGGAAGUCAUGAUGAUGGGAAUUUUGAGCUUCCUUGUAUGAGUGAGAUCACUCCUGAAGUAGACUUCAUCAAGGAUGUUCCUAAUUCAUUAUCGGCUUCCUCUUCUGCUAACUAUGCUACUGAUCUAGGUAACAGUAGUAUGAGUGAAGGUUCAGCAACAGGAACAUCAGAGGAGCCAAAAAACAGCGAAGGGGGACUAGAGGUAAGAUAUGAUGAUGAGAUGCAAUGCAUUUCAGGGAGUAGUAAAACAUCACAAGAACCUCCGGAAGUUGCUAAUGUUGGUAAUUCCCAGGCAAGUCAAAUUAAAUCAUUGAUUUUAGAGGAACUUGAAGGAUCUUGUGUAACCCAAGGUUCCCCAAGGGUACAGAAUAAAUCUGAGCAUGAAGCUGAAACUUAUGGAAGGGAAAAGUUUAGUUUUGUCGGUGAAUCGUACCUGCAUAAUGAAAAUGAGAAGAUAAUUGAAGUACCCUGUGAAUCGCUAAUCUCCAAAGUAGAGAAAGUUGAAGGUGAGGUUGAACUUCGUCCACACGCACAUUCUGAAGAGUCAGUUCCAGAUCAGGAUGUUGUGUGUUCUGAAGAGAGUGACAUUACUCAGCAAACCAGCAAUCCGGUAGUAUCAACCAUGCUGAAUGUAUUUGAGAUAGCCAGCAAGUUCAUUAAAGGAGACCUUGAUCAAGAAAUACAGGGUUCAUUAGGGCCUGUUGAAGUGAAAAAUAGAACAGAAGAAGGGACUGAUAGACUUGAGUCUGAUGGUAAAGGGAAAGAAGCAGAAAAACUCCACUCAGAAAACAGUGAGAAGACAGAUGUUGAAGCAGAGUCAGCUCAUGAUACUGAUAGACUUGAGUCCGAUUGUGAAAGGAAAGAAGCAGAAAACUCCUCAGAAAACAGUGUGAAGACAGAUGCUGAAGAAAAAUCAGCUCAUGCUAACCAGGAGGAUCAAACAACAUCUGCAUCUGAUACCAACAAAGGAGAAAGUGAUGUGGAUGCACAGGGUAAUAAUGUAACAGUUGAUGAUAGGGGCAGUGCCGUGAGUUCUGGAGAUGAAGGCAAAUCUUCUAAUGAUUUUCCCACCAGAUUAACAGUAAAUUCAAAGGACGAGCCAACUUCCUGCCCAGAAAUGAGUUCAGGCGUGCAACAAUUACCUCAAAAUGUGGAAUCUGCUACUUCUCAGACAUCUAAUGAAAAUGUUCCAGGUGUUGACAAGACUAAACAGGUGUGCAAAGAGGCAGAAAGAGAAUUAAUGACAACAUUUGAAGAAGAGAAUGGCAGGGUAAAUAGAAUGGAAGGGGAAGCCUCUAGAGAAAGGAUAUCAAAGGCAGAACCAAAGCAUCAACAUUCUCAUCUAGAAAGGAGUGACAGUGCUACUUCUAAUUUAUCUUAUGAAAAUGUUCCUGGUGUUCACAAGAUUAAAGAGGUGUGCCAAGAAGCAGAAAGAGAAUUACCCACAGAAAGAUUUACAAUAUUCGAAGAAGAGAAAAGCAGGGUAAAUAAAAUGGAAGGAAAGGUCUCUAGAGAAAGGAUAUCAAAGGCAGAACCAAAGCAUCAACAUUCUCAUUUAGAGAAGAGUGACAGUGUACCAAAACCUGCAGAAAGGCCAUCCCCAGUUUCCGCUGAGUCGUCAGGAAAAGAGACACCUCGGGUUCAGAGAACCAAAGAGAGGGGGAGUAUAACAGAAAAAGGAGAGAAGAAGGACAAAGAGGCUUCUUGGAGACUGGAAGAAGCAAAAGAAAGGCAAAAGAUAUUGGAGAAAGAAAGAGAAAAUGCCGAAGUCAGUGAAAGAAAAAAAUUGGAAGAGGAGGAAAGGGAGAGGGAAAAGGAAAGGGAGAAGGAUAAGCUUGCUGUUGAAAGAGCCACAAGAGAAGCUCAGGCUGUUGAAAGAGCUAUAAGAGAAGCUCAUGAGAGGUCUUUUAAUGAAGCUCGUGAAAAGGCAGAAAAAAUGGCGCUGGAAAGGAUUGCUGCAGCACGGCAAAGGGCUUCUGCAGAGGCCCGGCUAAAAGAAGAGAGGGCAAAUUCGGAAGCUCGGAUAAAAGCAGAACGGGCUGCAGUUGAGCGAGCAACUGCAGAAGCUCGGGAGAGGGCGAUUAAGAAGGCCAAGGCCGAGAAGGCUGCUGCAGAGGCAAGAGAACGCAGAGAACAAAUCAGAUCCUCUUCCAAGGAUGUUCGACAGGACAAUCAGUUUCAGAGGGCAACUUCCAGUGGGUUCGUAAGAAACACAGAUUCUAGUAGCAAAGUGGUUGAUUCCGAGUCGGCUUUAAGGCAUAAGGCAAGAAUAGAGAGACAUCAACGUACAACUGAGCGUGUGUCAAAAGCACUUGCGGAGAAGAACAUGCGCGACCUGAUGGCUCAAAGAGAACAGGCAGAGAAACAUAGGUUGGCUGAUUUCCUGGACCCGGAGGUCAAGAGGUGGUCGAAUGGAAAGGAAGGAAACCUGAGAGCCUUGUUGUCCACUUUGCAAUAUAUCCUUGGAGCCGACAGUGGCUGGCAGCCGGUGCCGCUCACAGACCUCAUCACAGCGGCCGCCGUGAAGAAAGCCUACAGGAAGGCGACUCUGUGCGUCCAUCCGGAUAAGGUGCAGCAAAGGGGUGCGACAAUCAGGCAGAAGUACAUCUGCGAGAAAGUCUUCGAUCUUCUAAAGGAUGCUUGGAACAAGUUCACCUCGGAGGAGCGCUAGGGUUGAUCGGUGAUGGAUGGAUGGAUGGAUGGACGGAAGGCAGAUUUCAUUUUGCUAGUUGCAUAGCCAUAUUGUUGGUUCUUUCCAUUGGAUAUUGCUGUACAUAGGCAGCUCGAUCUAGGUAACCAUUCUAGAGGGUAGAAGACUCGAAGUGGGUUCAGUUGGAAGAGAGAGCUCUGUUGUUCUGGAAAUGAAUUUACGAUGUUCCAGUCCAGACUUUGGUAGCAGUCAGUCAGUCCAGUAGCAGGGCAUCUAACGGGCACCUUGGUUGUGGUGAAGUUGAAGAUUUAAAAGUCGAAAUGUUACCUAGUUAUA